UCCCGGGGCGGUGCCGGCGCCUGCGCUCUGCACGCCGCUCGGUGGCCGCUCCGCCUGCUCUUGAGGACAACCCUAUAUGCCUGCUCUUAUUCUUUCCUGUCACUCCUGUGCUACUGAGGCCAACAUUGGCUUGUCCUUGCUUCUGGUUACCUUCUCUGGAAUCAAUCAUGGCUGAUGACUCUCAGAGGAACUUUCGCUCGGUGUAUUAUGAAAAAGUGGGAUUUCGUGGUGUUGAAGAAAAGAAGUCACUGGAAAUUCUGUUAAAAGAUGACCGGCUGGAUAUUGAGAAGCUCUGCACAUUUAGUCAAAGGUUUCCUCUCCCGUCCAUGUACCGUAUACUGGUGUGGAAAGUGCUUUUAGGAAUUAUUCCUCCUCAUCAUGAAUCUCAUGCUUUGGUGAUGAAGUACCGGAAGGAGCAGUACUGGGAUAUACAUCAUGCUCUUCAUGUAAUUCGUUUUAUUAAUGAUUCUACCCCACAGGUAGAAGUUUUUCUCCGCAUCCAUCAACUGGAGUCAGGAAAAUUGCCUCGAAACUCAGCUUUUCCAUUGGAACCUGAAGAUGAAGUGUUUCUUGCUAUUGCGAAAGCAAUGGAGGAAAUGGUGGAAGAUCCUAUAGAAUGCUAUUGGCUUGUCAGUUGCUUUGUGAAUCAGCUCAACAGCAAGCACAAAGAUUCAUUGCAACAGCUGCCAAAAAUUCUGGAUCAGUAUUUGAACAUUGAAGAUAACAGACUCCUGAUGCAUCUGAAAGCAUGUGCUGCAAUGAGCAAGCUCCCUUACGAUCUUUGGUUUAAAAAGUGUUUUGCAGGCUGUUUACCUGAGUCCAGUUUACAGAGGUGCCGCACUGUUAGAAGAGAGCAGCAGACUGGCCAUUUCAAAGGCACUAUAUCCUCGGGGUUCUGUAUCCUGCCUGUAACGUAGACUGGGUGCAUCCUGGAACAUGAACCAGCCUGUAGGACAGGCUCAAGAGGAAUAGAAAGACUUACUCAUCUCUAAAACAGGGAGAGAACUGGAUUCCACCUUUGUUUUUAUACUCACCAUUGCCCUACUUGCUCAAAUUUGGCAACAGCAUAUCUGGUCAUCUGUUCAGCAAGCCCCGUGCAUGGAGACCUUUCAGAUGCUCAGAUGUACCAUCCCAGAAGGUAUUUAAAAGACGGUUAGAUGAGAUGCUCAGGGACAUGGUUUAGUGGCAGAUAGGAAUCUUGGGACUUGAUGAUCCGAGAGGUCUUUUCCAACCUAGUGAUUCUAUGGUGCUGAAUGGGCCCUGAGCUGGAGAGCCCUGCUCUUAAACCACGGUGUCCCAUUUAUGGCUGCAGCUCUACAGGCAAAAUGGCACUUUAGCUGCCAAUUUAUUCCAGCACUGUCACCCCAGAUGAUCCAGCUACAACAGAAGUAAUGCAGCUUUGCAGUUAUAAUUAUGAAUAAGCCAGGCAUUUUUUUGUGGCCUAAUGUUGCCAGUCACAUAUCAUGCCCCUGAUGAACAUUGUUUGUAUUCUGCACUUGGCAUUAGCAGGGCUAUAAUAGCUGAUGAGGUGGUGUUAGGUUAUUAGCCUCUGGUCACUUGGUUGUGGCAAACUAUUGGGCGGUUCUCCUGAAAUCUUGUGAAUGCCUUUCAAACUGCCUCUACCUCAUAUAUUAAUAUAUGGCUUCUGUAGUUUUACGUUUGUGAUGCCUAUGUCCUGCAUAAAUUACAUGUAGUGGUUAAAAUAUAAGUAAUUUCUUAACAGACACAGUGACACAGCAGAAUUAUGAAAAAUGCCUUACAUUUACUGUGGAGUGGGAGAGCGUAAGAAUGUGCAUGUGGUCUGCUACUAUAGAAAACCUUACGUCUCUUUGUCUUUGUCCAAAUAACUGAGCUGUUUCCCAGUUCUGGAGACAGAUGGGCACAAGAUCAUGACGUGACAUCAGGAUGAGACUUGUGCAAGCCCAGUUGCCCUUGGAAGGGCCCCCAGGACUACAGGCAAAGGAGCAAGCAGUGGUUCUCUUAAAACAUCUCUGGCCUGGGUGCCUAGAGGACCAGAACCAGGGAGUAAAGUUGAGUAUGAUUCCGCUACAGCCUAGGGGAAAAGGCUGUGACGGUAAUGAUUAUACUUAAGAAAGAGAGAGCAGCAAUUCUGUGAUGCUUUUUGUGUACUACUGCUUGGGAAACCUCAGCAACUGUCUUAAGGAUGCCGUGUCUUCACACACAUGCACACAGAGUAAGUCAUGUCAUGUCUACAGGAAAAGCUUAAUGAAACAUAAAUGGCUUCAUUUUCAUAAUCCUUGGAAAAUCUGUACCUUCAUAGCUACCUGUUUCUGUUUUUCUUUGUGGUCAUUACUACUAUUUCACUGUUCAUGAAAUACCUACAAGAGUGUUCCUGUGGUUAGCUGAGUACUGUCAUAUUACACAGAUGAUCAUAGUCACAAAAAACUUACUGAAUUCAGUGUAUACUUUGUUUUCCAGCAUUCGUGAGUAGGACUAUAGACACAGUUGCCUGAUGUUUUUGUGCCUUUUACCCAUCUCUGGGAGUAUCAAAAAAUGAGUAAGAAGUUGCAAUCUCUUCCCUCACAGUGCAGAAUGUAAGCACCAUGUAACAGCAGCAACUAUUCCACAUUUGUAGUUAUAAAAGCUUUUCACAAAGAAUCACCAAGAGUUGAGUCAGGGACCUCUGGAGGUCAUCUGGUCCUGCCAGUCCCCCUGCUCAAGCGGAGUCUCCUGGAGCCGGUUGACCAGAACUGUCCAGACGGCUUUUGAAUGUCUUCAAGGGAGGAGACUCUACCACUUCUCCAGGCAACCUGUGACAGUGCUUGGUCACCCUCGCAGUGUAAAAGUGUUUCCUGAUGUUCAGAAGGAUCCUCCCGUGUUUCAGUUUGUGCGCUUUGCCUUUGGUCCUGUCACUGGGCACCACUAGAAAGGGCUUGGCUCCAUCCUCUUUGCACCCUCCCUUCAUGUAUUUAUAUACAUUGAUGAGAUUGCCUCUGAGCCUUUUCCAGGCUGAACAGUCUCAUCUCUCUCAUCCUUUCCUCGAAGGAGAGAUGCACCAGUCCUUUCAUCAUCUUCAUGGCCCUUUGUUGGACUCACACUUCUUAAUUCCUUCUUUAAAGGUGUGAUAUCUACUCUUCAAUUAAGCCGUCAAAGUUCAUGUCAUGCCUGUGUUGUAUUCUCCUGGCAUUCCUGGCUGAAGGGCAAGUUCUUCUGAGAGAGAAGGUCAUAUAAAAAUUGAGUUAUCUUUGGAAGAGGCACACCUGUAGAUCCAAGUUUAUAGGUGGGCUGCAGAAGAUGUUUUCCAGUUAGUGUUACUGUAUUCAGAGAUUAUGGGGGAUAGUAUAUGAUCUUCGUCCUCUAUGUUUUAAUUUGGAAGGAGAAACACUUCUAACAAGUGCCCAGAAGAAGCUGGAACAGUAAUCCUCAGAAAGUCUUUCUGACACAGCUCUCAAAAUUCAAGAACUAAAAAUAAUAUAAAUCCAUAAAAGCUGCCAUCUGACAGAUGGUUUCACACUGGUUUUGGAUUGUCUUUCAUCCCGCGUCUGUUGAGUUGGGCCUGAGAUAGAGCUGCUGGCUGAAGGAUAAUUACAAAUUGCUGCAGGCUGCUUUCAGGAGCGUGAGUCCCUAUAAUAGUCAUGAAAGUUCUGUUGCUAAAGUACGUGCAGACUUUGGAGGCCUGCCCUUCAGAUUUCAUGAAAACUUUGAGAUCCACGUAUGGUUUUGUACAACUGAUAGGAGUGCUUAGGUAAUUCUGAGAGAGUGGGCACAGUGGGAUGGAUUGAAGGACUUAAUCGUUGUUCUUUGUGUCUAAUUUAAACAUCAUGGAUUAUAUCCUGCUUAACAUUGUACUUGUGUCUCACACAGCAGGUGACCUGGAACAGUUAGCUUCUUGAGAUGUAGUAGUUAGGUAUUACAUCCUUUUAAAUUUUCAGCUACUUAACUCUUUGAAGAGCGUAUUUAUUAGGCAUGUAAGUAGAGCCCAUUUCCUAUUUUGCACUAGGAAAAAUUCUCACCUUUACCAGACGCUGUAGAGCAGUUGUCACAGUUCAGGGUAUUAAAGCCAGUUUUGUUUUUUUUAUUUGAGCUUGUAAACAGUUCAGUUUCUGAACAAGAAACUACAUUACUGCUUGCCAUCACUCUGUACAGAUUUUGGAGUUGAUAAAAUGCCUUUUAUUUAACCUGACCUGAUUAAUUCAAUGCAUUGCUGUUAUUCAGAAAAAUAAUCUGGAAAAAGGUGUUUGUAUGAAGGUUGUUCUAGCAGAUGAAUAAGCAGAUAAGCACUACAGUAGUCUUUAGUCAUUCCUUUUCAUUUUUUUU